CCUUUUCAAGGCAAGGGGAAAACGUGGUGCUUAAUGCAGAAGGGAAGGGUCAGUGCAGAUGAGUCCCAGGGCCGCAUCCGGGUGGGAGGUCCCAACCAGGAGGACGUGCUGGCUGCGCAGGCUCGCCAUGGUCUCUCGUCCCUGCUCCCAGCUGCGGGAUGUAGUGUAUCUCCUCGGUUACAGAGCCCGGCCGCCGCUGGCCGUGACGCGGGGUGGUUCUUCCAGGAAAACUCCAGGAAAAACUCUGGACGUUAUUUGAAAGCUCAACACCCAGUAUGUACAAACAGAAUGAACUCAGACUGUCCUCGGCAACCAGAGCCCUGCGUGGGCAGCUUCCUCCUUAGAGUUUGGCAGCGGCUGAAGGAAGGAGCUACAGGGACACCGAAGCCCCAGCAGCCUGUGCUUCCAAACACUAAGCAGAGGAGCCGGCGUGAGGGGAGGUGGUUCAGGGGCCACAGCAGAGCACGGCUCCCAGGGAGAGGGGCAGGACAGACACCUGGACGUUCUGACCCAAAGCGGACUUCUGGGGUGAACCACCUGUCAAGUUUAACCGAAGGGUCUAAAAAAAUGGGGGAGUGGGGUGAGAGAAUCACACAGAGGGGCUGCAAGACCCUUCAGCUCCUCAGAGAAGCGUCACUUGCUACAAGGAACCUGCGUUAUAGAAAGAGACAAACGUAUGUUUCAUUCGGUCAACAGAACAAAGCAGUCUUUUUGGACUCAUCAAAAGUACUUCCUAUAAGAACAAAAAACACUAACAUUAGGAAUCAUGUAUCAUUUACGAAAAAGUACCAUAUGUACAAUUCCAACAAUUCUAGACAGCAGAACACUCAAAAAUUUAAACUUUACAAGUACCAUGCAGAGCAAACAAACUAUAAAACAGAGAAAGAAAUCAAACUAGUGGAUAGCACCAGCUUGACCUGCCUUAUUUUCCUUGAAUAAUUUACGAUUCUGUACAAUAUCAGGUACUCCUAGAACAUUUAUCCACAGUGCAAUUACAGAAAGCAAUUAGUGAUUUCUUUAAA